AUGAGGAUAGCGUCGCCGAAACCAGUAACUGUUAUCUCCGACAUGGAAGUGGGCAUCAUCAACGCCACCAAGACCAUCUUCAGUGACGCAGAGAUAAGGCUAUGCUUAUUUCAUGUGCGCCAAGCUGCGUGGAGGCAUCUACAAGAAGGUGGUCUGCAGGUUGCCUACCGCAACCAAGAGGAUGACUCGAUACGAAAUGCCUUCAGAGAAGUGGUCGGCUUGGCUUUUGUUCCGGUAGAUGAUGUCAAGGAAGCCUGUGAAGUGGUGAUCGACAACCUCCCCGUAAGGAUGGCUGACUUCGGGGACUACUUCGAAAAAACAUACGUCAUCGGACAUCGGAACAGAGGAACUCGACAAACGGUUCCUCCGCGUUACCCUCCAGCCCUCUGGAAUCAGUACAUAGCAGCUGUGGAAAAUCAGCCACGGACAAAUAAUGCCAAUGAGGCAUGGCACAACAGGUUCCAGACAAUAGUAGGGAAAAGCCACCCCUCACUCUACAAAUUAAUUGGAGCAUUCCAAAAGGAGGCAGCCGACGUCAAAGUGAUGAUGGAAGAACUUGACGCUGGGAGAAAAAUUAGGCAACAACAGAAGGCAAAAUACUCAAGAAUAAACGAUCGACUCCAAACUCUCACAAGAAGAUACCAAGAGUUCAAGGCGACGGAUCGGCUACUAGACUACGUUCGAGGUUGCGGAGCCAACGUUUCUCUGUGAAACUGUGAAACUGUGCAAUAAAGAGUACUUUGGGUGAACUCUCCUUGGGCCAAAAUAAUAGAGGGUGAAAGUGAUAUGGGUGAAAUACUUGUGGGCAUAUUGCGUCUGGGCAAGAUUUCUUUGGGUCACUUGCACGUGGGUGAAUGGGCCUAGAUCCAAUGUAAACAUUUACCACUUGGUUAAGUCCUGAUGUUGUAUUAAUGUUAUGUUCCUCCUGUAACACAGCCCUAUUGGCAAGGUGAAAGCAUACAAACUGAAAAUAUUUCAAGAGCACCACUUUAUCCAAUAUAAACAAACAUCAAUCAGGAGAGCUGUCGUAAGUACCCUUGUAACGAGGCAGCACAACCUGUUUUCCCUUGUAGCAACGAUUUUUUAGCAGAUGACACGCGUGAAACGCAGUUUCAGCAGCGUGAACUCUCGCAAAGUUCCCCACCCAGUUAACGCGUAGAGUUUCAAGUUCGCCAGUUAAAGCAGCAGCUUGGUUGAAACGACGUAGCAGCAGCUACCCGAUCAAUUACCUUUUAAGAAGUCGGUCAUGUGUGGAGAGUUCUUUUGGCUUGCUAAAAGGAGAGUGGAGGCGGCUUAAGUUUUUCCACAACUACUGCAUUGAUUACUUGGUUGACAGUAUCAUGGCUUGCACUGUACUUCACAAUUUUAUCAUCUUGGAAGGAGAUAAUGUUCAUUGUUGAGGUCAGUAGAUUUUUUAAAUGACAUUAACAGUUAUACUUUUUGAAUGUUAUUAUCUGCUUGUGACAUUUCAUAUUUGUUAUUUUCUUAUCAGGAAGUUAACCAUGAAGAUGCUGGAGAUGAGGUUGAGUUGCGACCGCUCAUCAAUGAUUCAAAAGCAAAUGGCAUUUUAAAGAGAGUUUACAUCGCACAA